CCAGCUAGCCGGGACCUCGCGUUACACAAACACACACACACAAAUACACGCACGCCCUCGCAUCCACACACACGCCGCUGCGCCGUCCACAGCCGCGCCACCGACGCCGACGCCCGGCGUCCCGUCGCCGAUGGCAGCUCAUCUGCACACCGCCCGACCGCCCUUCUGAACGUGUGUUGCUCUAGCGGUGGGACGCAGCCACAGCGAUGGCGGAGAAGCUGGCCGAGUACGAGGGUGUGCUGGGGCGCCUGCACGCUAUCAGGGACGCCGCGAGGACUCGCUGGGCCGACUGGCGGGAGCGCAGGGCGCAGGAGGGCGCGCCCUCGCCCUGGGGGCUGCCCCUGCUGCCGCUGGGCCGCAGCCGCAAGCCGCCACAGGCCGUGGACCCGGGGGCGCCGCAGCCGCAGCACGACUACUCCCACAUCUACAGGCGCAAGACGUUCUGCGAGCUGGUGCGCGUGUCGGCGGCGGUGGCGGGCAUCGAGUUCUCGUACGCGGCCGAGACGGCGUUCGUGUCGCCGACGCUGCUGCAGAUCGGCGUGGCGCACCGCCUGAUGACGCUGGCCUGGGCGCUCAGCCCACUGGUCGGCUUCUUCGUGACGCCGCUGCUGGGGUCGCUGUCGGACCGCUGCCGCCUGCCCUGGGGCCGCCGCAGGCCCUUCAUUGCGCUGCUCGCCGCCGGCGUCCUGCUCGGGCUGAUCCUGGUGCCCAAUGGGGCGGACAUCGGGUACGCCCUGGGCGACCCCCGGCCCGCGCCGUCACCUAGCCCCCCUGGAGCGCUGAACGCGACUCCCUCACUGGAGGUGGUCACCCCCUCACAGUGGCAGGUCACCAACGCCAGCCUGGGGCCGGGACUCUUCACCGCGGAGAGCCCCGCGGCGCUGGCCAACGAGUCGUCGGUGGUGUCACGCAAGCCGCAGUCCAGCCACCCCUGGGGCGUCGUCUUCACCAUCCUGGGCACCGUCUUGCUCGAUUUCGACGCCGAUGCCUGUCAGAGCCCCGCCAGGGCCUACCUGCUCGACGUCACCGUGCCAGAGGACCACGCACGGGGGCUCAGUACGUUCACCAUUAUGGCCGGCCUGGGCGGCUUCAUGGGCUACGCCCUGGGCGGCAUCAACUGGGACGCCACCUUCAUCGGCCGCGUGCUGGGUGGACACGUGCGUGCAGUCUUCACGCUGAUCACAUUCAUCUUCGUGGCGUGCGUCACGUACACCGUGACCAGCUUCCGGGAGAUACCGCUGGACGUGCUGGAGGCAGACGAAGCUCGACAGCAGCUGCACAGCCAACAGAACCAGCAGGGAAAGCCCGACAGCGCUGAGUACAUAAAGAUAUCCACGGAGGGGUCGGUGAAUGGCUACGGUUACGGCAGCGUGUCGCCGGACUAUGCUAACCAGGUGGGCGGCGCGCCGGACAGGGCAGAGUACCGGCCCAUCGCGGGCACGGACUCUCCGCUGCACGGCAACGGCUACGUCAACUUCGGCUACGACGAGAGCUACCACAAGCCGCCCGCGCCGCAGCAGGAGCCGCGCAGCUGGCUGCAGCCGCCGCCCACCGCCGAGACCUCCUUCAGCGCCCCGGAGCCGCAGGAGGUGAGCCCGCCACUGGUGACAGCACACGCCACGCCCUCUCUGGGACAGUACCUGAUGUCCAUCGUGUGGAUGCCCGGCUCUCUGCGCGUGCUCUGCCUGACCAACCUCUUCUGUUGGAUGGCCCACGUCUGCUACUCCCUCUACUUCACAGACUUCGUCGGCGAGGCCGUGUUCGGCGGCGACCCUCAGGCGGAGGACGGCACAAAGGCCCGCCAGCUGUACGAGGAGGGCGUGCGCUUCGGCUGCUGGGGGAUGUCCAUGUACUCGCUGUCCUGCGCCUGCUACUCCUUCAUCAUCGAGAGGCUCAUAAACAAGUUCAGGGCGCGCAAGGUGUACGUGGGCGGGCUGCUGUUCUACAGCGCAGGCAUGGCGCUCAUGGCGCUGACCAAGGGCCGCGUCGGCGUCAUCCUCUUCUCGUGGACGGCGGGCGUCAUGUACUCGACGCUCUUCACCAUGCCCUACCUGCUGGUCGCACACUACCACGCCUCCGGCACGUUCUCGGUGUCGGCGACCGGGGAGGCUCUGCCGGGGUCGCACGUUCGCGGCCUGGGCACCGACGUGGCCAUCGUCAGCUCCAUGGUGUUCCUGGCGCAGUUCACGCUCUCCAUGUGCAUGGGCGCCAUCGUGAGCGCAGCCGGUACCACCACCGCCGUGGCGGCCGUCGCCUCAUUCCUCGCGCUCUGCGGCGCCGUCUGCGCAUCGCAGGUGAUGUACCUCGACCUGUAGGCUGAGGCCAGCCCAGCAGGCCCUGCGGGUGGUGCGGCGGGGCGGGACGGCUGGCGGAACGGCUCCGCCGGGACUUCCGGACUCCCACACCCAGAUCCCACCCACUGACAGGUUGGCGGCAAGGUCCCCGGAGUGCCGCAGGGGGGGGGGGGGGGG